AUGUCGACUGUCGUCGACUAUGCUGGACGGCCCUCCCAGCCGCCGCCGCCGCCGACAGGCACACAUGAGACUGUCGAGAAGCAGCGGAGUGACAAGGCCAAGCGGAUCCUGCGCGAUGCCGUCUCGGCGGCUCAACCCCGUCACGACUGGACCAAGGAGGAGAUCGCCGCCAUCUACUACCAGCCUCUGAUGGAGCUGACGUAUCAAUCUAGUACCGUCCAUCGUCGCUUUCACAACCCGGCAGAGGUGCAACUCUGCACGCUCAUGAACAUCAAGACGGGUGGAUGCACCGAGGAUUGCUCGUACUGCGCGCAGUCGACUCGCUACCAGAAGGGCACCGGCCUUGAAGCCAAGCGCGUUGAGACGGUUGAGAGCGUGCUCGCGGCGGCGCGCGUGGCCAAGGAGAAUGGCAGUACGAGGAUGUGCCUUGGAGCUGCUUGGCGGGACAUGCGGGGCCGCAAGAACAGCCUCAAGAACAUCAAGGACAUGGUCCAGGGCGUCAAGGGCAUGGGCAUGGAGGUAUGCGUGACGCUGGGCAUGAUCGACGCCGAGCAGGCCAAGGAGCUCAAGGCGGCCGGCCUCACGGCGUACAACCACAACGUCGACACCAGCCGCGAGUUCUACCCAUCCGUCAUCUCGACUCGCACGUACGACGAGCGACUGCAGACGCUGAGCCACGUCCGCGACGCGGGCAUCAACGUGUGCUCGGGUGGCAUCCUGGGUCUGGGCGAGACCUCCGAGGACCGCGUCGGCCUUCUGCACACCGUGUCGACCCUGCCGAGCCACCCGGAGAGCUUCCCCGUGAACGCCCUGGUGCCGAUCAAGGGCACGCCGCUGGGCGACCGGCCGGUGGUGGAGUUCACGAGCAUGCUGCGGACCAUUGCGACGGCGCGUAUCGUGAUGCCGGCCACCAUCAUCCGAAUCGCGGCGGGGCGCAAGACCAUGUCGGAGGAGAAGCAGGCCAUGUGCUUCAUGGCCGGUGCCAACGCCAUCUUCACGGGUGAGAAGAUGUUGACGACCGAGUGCAACGGCUGGGACGAGGACGCGGCCAUGUUUGGACGGUGGGGGUUGGGUCCGAUGAAGAGCUUUGACAAGUCGCCGCAGCCGGCUCCGGAGGUGAGGGUUCUCUAG